AUGAUAAAUCCAAAGUAUAGUAGUAGUGAUUCCGUAACUUCGGUGACACCCUUUACCGUUUCGCUGAAUAAUAACAACAAGUUAUUCUCAAUACUAAAGCCUAUACCAGGUUGGAAUCUGAUUACAUCUCCAGAUAAAUCAACAUUAAUAACAAAUUCAGCAUUAUCUAUACCAAUAUACAAAGACCUAGAUGUAACAGACAUCAUUGAAUCUAAUAAUAGUAAAUUACUUGCUAGAAAUCAAAUAGCAUCUACGACAAAAACGUUCAAUAAUGUGGAAAUUUCAAACGCUUCUGAUCAAGAUAAUGACCAAAUGGAAAUAGACACCGAUCCAGCGCAUUACAUUAAUAUAGACGAAUUCAUUCCCAAGACAUUAAAGGAUCAAAUUAAUACUUUAACUAUAACUAACUUUCCAAAUGUAAAGAAAAUUGCAAUUGAGAAGAUCUUUAAGACAUUAUUGAUAUAUAAUCCUCGCGAUACAUUUUUUACUUGGUCUGCUAUAGGUGAUGACCAUAUUGACAACAGGUUAGUAUUUAUAAGGUUUUUGAGCGUAGAAAGCUUAAAGUGGUUUCUUGGUAAUUCAUCUGACAUAGUACAUCAAAUAUUCGAAAACAUCACAAUCAAUGCAGACCCUGCAAGCAAAUCGUAUUUGGACGAUGCAAAGGAUGUUUCAGACGGUUUAAGCGAAUCUCAGGUAGAAAAUAUUACGUAUGAAAUAAGUAAGGUCUUACAAAACCGUAAAAAUUAUGAAAAGCUUUCCAAAACCACAGGCACAGAGGAUUUAGAUCAGGUAAUGCAGUAUUAUAAUACUUACAAGGUUGAUCCAACGGAAUUAAUUGAGGUACCAAAGGAUAUGAAGGAAAAAAUAGUUAAUGAUAUUAUUAAGUUCAGAUCAAAAGUAUUGAGUAUUGAAAAGAAUCGCCGUAAACAGGAGAUUGAAAAUGAAAGAAUGCAAGCCAAGAAUAGGUUAAAAAGAAUUUUCGAAGGUAUCAAAGAAAUAAAUGAUGACAUUGGACUUAAUAAUGACAAGGACAUGAAAGAAGUUGUAGAUAACAAUGAAGGGUCACAUACAGAGUUCGAAGAAUUAAGCGAAGAACAAUAUAAUGCGUUACUCAGUAAGAGAGAACAAGAAAUUCUUGAAGAGCAAUAUCAAGAAAGAUUGAUUCGCUUUCGAGAGUCUGAAACCAUCGAAAAGAACGACUUAUUAGAUAAGUUGAACACCGUGAAAAAUUAUGAAGAUUAUUUAAUUUCAAAUAAAGCAAAGUUUAUUGAAGAGGUGAAGGAUUUCCACGACUAUGAUCUUUCGAAUACAAACCAGUUGGUAUCGUUAAAUCCAAAUAAGAUUAAACAGUAUUAUAAUAACUACUCGGAGUAUUUGAAGAUGAGGAAUCAAGAAAGAAUGAAUGAAGAAAAGAGUGAUAGAAAGGAUUUGGAAGAAGAACAAGAAGAAUUACAGGCGAUGAAUAAAGCAUCUGAAUUUUUGUCUUCCUUUGUUCCAAAACCUGAAUACAAAACUCAAGCGACUACCCAAUUUAAGGAUUUAUCAGCUAAUGAUAUUCAAAUUUCCCAAUUUAAUUCAAAUAAGUUAUCCUCCUUAAAUAAUAAAAUCGGUCAAUUAAUUGAGGAAUAUUUGGGAAUACGUGAGGAUGUCUUGAUUAAAUUCAUCUACGACUUUAUAUUGAGUAACGGUUUAAAGUCCAAAGAAGAAUUAAUUGAAGAGUUGUCUGAACCUCUAGAUGAAGAUUCGAUCAUCGUUGUAAAUGAGAUAUGGGAGUAUAUUGUCGAAUUGGCAAAAUAA